AUGAUGGAGACAGCCAUGGAAGUUGUGGAGUGGUGAAGAAAGAAAGAUGGAGUGACUUAUAGUACAUAAAAGCACGAGAGUUUUACGGUUUAAGUUUCUUUUGGGUAAGUGACGACGAGUAGUGAAGGGGGUGUUGUGUUUGAUUCUUCUUCUUCUUCUUCUUCAUCUUCUUGUUGGUUGGAUUUACUUCUUCUCUUCUUCUUUGUGCAUGUCUGAAGCGAGUAUUACUCAGAGGUGGGAUUUCUGGUUUUUGCUCCAGCGGAUUCAAUUUCAGCCAUGACGGGACUCUUGAUCGAUUCCACUGCUAAUAUGGGUUUGCAUAUUUCUCAGGAUUUCUGCCACAGACUUGAAGGAGUAUGUGUUAUUUCUCUGUUCAUAAACAUAAAACAGGGCCCUUUCUAAUGUCCAGUGCUUGAGUGUCUCUGGAAUCCGAUGAUCUUUUUUCUCUGCUAGGUAGUCUCCGAUUCUUUGAUUCGUUUUCGGGUGGGCAUUCUUUUAUUUUUGCAUAUAAGUUAGUUCCUCGUUCAUCAGUUCAGAUUCUUUAUUUAUUUAUUGCAUUUUUACAGAUCCAUACAGGAACACUCGAAUUUGUAAAAGGAAAAAAAAAAAAAAAAACACAGAGCUGUAACUUGAUUGUUUUCUGGUUUCUGCUAUUCAUCGGAUUCCUUUUCUUUGUUUCCAUUUAUACACACAAGUUUUAUCAAAACGAUUCACACACUCACUUAGUCCCUCUCUCUCUAAAACACAUACAUAGUCAAAGUUCUAGCUGAUUUGGUAGGGCAUACAUAUUUAUACUUCAUUAAGAUACGCACACUAGAGAGAAGGGAGAUAGGGAAACACCAGAAACUGCAUCGGGUGGGUGAAUUACAACGCAGGAUUUUACAAAAGAACAUUGGAAGGCUAUAGGAUGUUGGCUGGGUGUUCUAGUUCUACAUUGUUGUCGCCGAGGCAUAGAUUGAGGAGUGAAGCAUCUGCACAGUUUCAAGCCAGCCAUUUCCAGUUGCCUUCCAUGAGCACGCAGAGACUGGACUUGCCAUGUAACUUCCCACGCAAAGACAGCAACAGCUCGAGAUCGCAGUCCUUGAGGCCCGUCGGCCUCUCCGUCGAGAAGAAGCCUGUCGUCGUCGAGUCCAAGCCGAAGCCUCCGCCGACAUGCUCUCUCAAGCAGAACAUUCGACUUCCGCCAUUGGCAACCACCACUCAAGCAUCCAAUAAUGCUCAGAAGAACAACGAGUUCUGGGGGGAGAAAGGUAAGACCUUGAAGAGGCUUGCUGAGGAGGAUGAAUCCUUCGCCAACAGAGCCAAGAGGACAAAGGGUAUUCUCAAUGACAGUGAAAAUCCCGAUGAUGCUCGAGAAAUCCAAAUGGCAUCUGCCGGCAACUUCUGGUUCAACAAUCCUUCGAUUCCUUUCUCUCUGACUUGUUCCGGAGAAAAAGAAGAAGACAGGGUGUGUUUUGUUCCUUCUGAAGUUGUCUCUGCACCAUGGGUGGAUUCCAUUGUUACGAAGAUCACAGAUUUAGGCGAGAAAGCGUUGAAGAGCAAUCUGCCAUCAAAGGAAGCUUCAGUAUCGAACACUUCAUCAGAAAGUCGGAGCUUGAGCCUGAGGCUUAACGAGAAUGACUCGGAACAAGAAGUAGUGGGUAAUGGAAGAUCGGGCAAUCCUUAUCACCACGAUGUGACGGAAUUAGAAACAGGAGACGAAGAAAAUCAAGAGGAACAUCGAGGGUUUGAGCUUGUGAGCCUACUUACAGCUUGUGUUGAUGCUAUCGGUUCGAGGAAUGUUGCUGCAGUGCAUUGCUUCAUAGCGAAGUUGGGUGAUCUUGCAUCUCCAAGAGCAAGAACAUCAAUAGGUCGUGUGUGUGCUUAUUUCACUGAAGCUCUAGCGAUCCGUGUCACCAGAAUUUGGCCUCAUUUUCACGUCACUACACCUCGAGAGCUAGACAGGGUCGAAGAUGAAUCUGGAACUGCAUUAAGGCUUCUAAACCAGGUCAGCCAUCCAAAGUUUCUUCAUUUCACGUCUAAUGAGAUUCUUUUGAGGGCUUUUGAAGGAAAAGACAGGGUUCACAUCAUAGACUUUGACAUCAAGCAAGGCCUUCAAUGGCCAAGCUUGUUCCAGAGUCUAGCUUCCAGGACCAAUCCUCCAACCCACGUAAGAAUCACUGGCAUAGGAGAAUCCAAGCAAGAACUGAACGAAACAGGAGACAGACUUGCUGGUUUUGCUCAAUCCCUGAACCUUCCCUUCGAGUUUCACCCUGUGGUGGACAGACUAGAAGAUGUGAGGCUAUGGAUGCUUCAUGUGAAGGAACACGAAAGUGUGGCAGUGAAUUGCAUUUCUCAACUCCACAAAACACUCUACGAUGGUACUGGAGGAGCACUGAGGGAUUUUCUAGGUCUAAUCCGAAGCACGAAUCCUGUUAUAGUUCUCAUGGCAGAGCAAGAAGCAGAGCACAAUGGGAUUAGACUUGAAACGAGAGUGUGCAAUUCACUCAAGUAUUACUCUGCUCUGUUUGAUUCAAUUGACCAUUGUCUUCCACAAGACAGUCCAGUGAGGAACAAGAUUGAAGAGAUGUAUGCUUGGGAGAUAAGGAACAUCAUUGCUUGUGAAGGAAGGGAGAGAGUUGAGAGGCACGAGAGCUUUCAGAAAUGGAGGAAGAUGAUGGAGCAAGGAGGAUUUCGAAGUUUGGGAAUCAGUGAGAGAGAAGUGACACAGAGUCAGAUGUUGCUGAAGAUGUAUGCCUGUGAGAAUUACAACGUGAAGAUGGAGGUGGAGGAGGAGGAAGAAGAAGCUAUAACUCUUAGUUGGCUUGAGCAGCCUCUGUACACAGUGUCGGCAUGGGCCCCACUAGAUGCUGCAGCAACAGGAAGUCCAUCUUCUUAUUCGCAGCCAUGAACUUGUUGAUUGACUACUUCACAUUAUACAGAAAGAAAGAAAGAGAGUAAAACAAAGGAACAAAGAAAGGUAGCAUUAUUUGUUGUAUUUUUUGUAGGUAGGGAGAAAUGGUCUAUUCUUUCAUUCUUUGUUGCAGAUAAGAUUUGAUUUGUUCUGGUUCAAAAUGUAGUUGCUACAGAGUACUCGGAUUUUUUUUAUUUAUUCUUUUUUAUACAUAGAUGAUCAUCAUGAUUGCUCUCCAGAUGUCAGAAUGAUAUAGUUGGAGUCAGUUUGUGUUCAUUCUUUGAUUCUUUUAUUAUCAACGUACUCUGAAAUAUUCUUUUAUUAGUUGUUCUCCUUGUCCAUGAAAUGAAUGAAUUCAGCGUUUUGUGUC